AUGGAUGCUGCAAUUAAUACAAUAAGAUGUAAUCAACAAUUGACAAAUGAACAAAAAGAUAAUUUAAUAGCAAGUUGUUCCUUAUAUUCAAAUUUGGAUUUAGUUAAUUUUAUAAAUGAUAAUCAUAAAGAACAUUUAGAUGAUAUUCUUUUGAAAUUAUCAAAACAUCAAGAGGAGCAUAUUCAUUCACUACAAGAGAUCAAAGAGGAGAAUAUAAACUUGGAAAGUUUGAAUUUUUCUGAAGAUGAAAGAAAAUUUAAACAAAUAAGUCAAGAGAUGAGCUUACUCUCCUCGAAUAUGACAAUUUCAGAUCAACUAUUUCAAAAGAGUGAAACACAAGAUGAAAAUGGAAUCGAGGAAUACAAAGAAGUUUAUAAAUCCAUAACUUAUGGAGAGAUAACAAGUUAUAAUCAAGAAUAUUAUUAUCAUAUUCCUUUUGAAAAUCUACAGUUGGGUCAAUUGGAAAAUUGUUUGUCAAAGAAAGGAUGUUUUAGUGUUAUGGGAUCAAUUAAAUCUGGUAAAACAAGUUUAAUGGAUGCUUUUAGUAACAGAUUAACAAAUACAACAGAUUUUGUUCCUAUAAUGAUAAACUUUAAUGAAUUUAAAGAUUCAAAUUCCACAAAUUUUUAUGAUUGGUUUAUAAACUCAUUAAGAAACACAAAAUCAAAUAUUCCAUUUAGUUCACCUUCCUCUCAAAGUGAUAUUAAAGAUAUAUUUACAAGGUAUUCAGUAACAUUCAAUGACAGCUUUGUUAUUUUACUAUUUGAUGAAUUCGAUAGUUUUUUAGAGAUUGAUACCUCUCAAAAUUAUGAAUUUCUCAAAUUGGUGAAUGAAAUGAUGAACUCACCAGAGUAUUGUCUCUAUAGUUGUUUUGCUUUUGGAAAUUGCAAUAUGUUGAAUUUAAUUGAUGGGUUGGUAUCAACUUAUCAAGAGUUUCAAAGAUCAGAGUCAACUAGUAUCCAUGACUAUCACUUUUUCAAUUCUCAUGAUACAGUAUUCCUUCAUGGUUUUAAAAGUCAAGAUAUUCGAGAUUUACUGUUAGAGUGGUCAGAACACAAUGGUAUACAGAUUGACAAUGAAGUGUUGAAUAUCAUGGUUGGAUCGAUGGGCGGAUAUCCAGGGCUACUUGGUUUGAUUGGUGAAGAACUAGAGAGGACAGAUCUUAAAUGUAAAUUAGAUAUGAAACGGUGGAUAACAAUUAGAAGAUCGAUAAUCAAUCAUCUAAGGACAUUACCUAUUUACUCGAGAUUAAUAAGAAUGAUCAAUCGAUCUCAGGAGAUGAUAGAUUCAAUCAUUGAUAUUCUUUCAACACCUCCAUUCUAUACAAUCAAAUUAAAUAAUCAUAUCAAUGAAAAUGGUGAUAUUAAUGACAACAAAGAUAAUGAUCAAGAUCAAGAUCCACUAGCACAACAAUGUUUCAUGAAAGAACUGGCUAACGUUGGUAUCCUAAGAGUACUUAAUAGAGAGAAGUCUGAAUUCCGAUUUGUCUCACCAAUAUUCAAAGACUAUCUACUUAAUGAACUGUCGAUAUUUAACAAUUCAUUCAUUUAUCCAAACAACUGGUAUUCCCACAUUCCACAUUUCAUAAAAUCAUUAAUUUCAAGUUUGAAACCAUUUUCCAAUUCAGACAUAAUCAUUUUAGGUGAUAAGUUGAAAUUAGAAUAUAACUUACAGAUUCAAGUCGCUGCAGCAUUGGAAAGUGGUAUCUAUAAUAGUUAUCAUGAUAACCAUAUCAAUAGAUAUCUCGUUCAGAUCGAUCCAGUCACAGAUCUUGAGAAACCAGUUCCUCAUAUCUUUUUGUCUGUGGAACACGAUAUCCUUUUUGAGAUGAUCUCCGACCAGACUUGGGAAGAGAUUGGUGAUCUCAAUCAGGUGAUCGAGGAAUCGAUAUCCUACGCCAACACACUGGGUGUUCACUAUAUCAUCAUUUUCAACACUGUCAACAAAUUGAAAGGAUUGUCAAAUAUAAAAGUCACAUGGGAUAACUAUAGCAUUUGGAUCUAUCAAGUUGCAACAUCAUCGAACAACAACAACAAUAAUAACAACAACAUAGAUAACAUCAACAACAACAACGCAGAUAAUAACAACAAAAUCAAAACAUACACAAUUAGUAAUGAUAAUAUUAAUUUAAUUGAUUUUAACUCACUUGUAAAUUUCAUAGAUUAUAGAUAG